AAGUUCAGUGACUAAUUUACAUUUAACUCAAGAUUUUCUCGUGAUGGCAUAAAGAUACCAAAAAGUUUGAUCCCAGUUUCUAGACUACAGCGCCUCUCUCUACUCCGUUUUCCAUCGUCAACAGAAUACACAGAUUUGUCUCUAUCGCACACAUCAGAAGCCGAUGUUUUAGUAAAAAUAAAUCUUGCUUUUGCUUAAAAUAAUGAAGCAGAAAACAUUAAUCAAAAUAAAGAGGGGUUUUAAUUUUUUCUGGGAAAUUUAGGGAAAAAAACUGACAAAAAACUGCACUUCCAGAUUUUCUUUUACCAGAUCUAUUUUUCGACCCUUCUAUCCUAGUUUCUGAUUUCUCUUGGUUUUGGGUUUCUGAAUCUAUUUUGUCCCCCAAGUUUCUUGCUUUUUAUAUUUUUGUACCUAUGAGUUUUGUGUAUGCUUAUGAUUCAAAAAUUUUUCGAAUUUUCUUCUAUAAUGUUAUGCUAUUUUUAGUUGCAUUUCUUGGUUUUGAGAAGGGUUUAUUUUCCCUUUAAGAAAAUAAAAACAAAAAUCCCGUAGUUCUGUAUGAGAUGGGGAGUAAUGGAGAGCCCAUUAACAAGGGCAUUGAUGCGUCGGUGGGUGGGCUGGUUUGGGUUCGGAGGCGAAAUGGGUCUUGGUGGCCCGGCCGGAUUCUUAGCCCCGAUGAGUUACCGGAGAGCUCCCUGCUUUCGCCGAGAUCAGGGACCCCUGUAAAACUCCUUGGAAGAGAAGAUGCAAGUGUAUUGGAAAAUUCUUGCCAAUCUGCUUUCAGGGACUGGUAUAAUCUUGAGAAAUCAAAACGAGUGAAAGCUUUUCGAUGUGGUGAGUAUGAUGAAUGCAUUGAAAAAGCUAAAGCUACAGCAUCUAACUCCUCCAAGAAGGCAGUGAAAUAUGCUCGGAGAGAAGAUGCUAUUCUUCAUGCGCUUGAGCUUGAAAGAAAAGACCACCCGGAAUUCAUGUAUGGAAGGGAUAAGCAAGGUGGGGAGGAUCGUGUUGUUGAUCAAUCACCUACUUCAUUUAAUCCUAGCAAAGAAACAGACUGUAUUGAUGAAGAUUUAAGUUGUUCUGAAGAUGAUUCAGAUUCUGCACAGGAAUUAUCUCAGUCUGGGGUAUCGUUUGAGAACUUGAGCCAUUUAGAUCCAACUAAGGAUCAAUCUAGGCGACGAAGAACCCCAAAUGAUUCGGAGGAUGAUGGAACUGAAGGAAUAAAGCGAAUGAGAGGACUUGAGGAUUUGGGAAUGGGGGUCGUGUCAUCAUUGAAACGGAAGCGAUCGCAGACAUGCCAUGUUCACGAGUUCUUGAAACGGAAAAAUCGUCGCCGUACUUUGUCGAAGGUUUUGGAGAAUACAACAAUGGUGUCUGUUCCUGUCGUGUCUGAACAACUUAUCAGUCCAACCGGAUCUUCUCUCCCAGGAGCAUCAGACAGUAAGGUUUCUGAAUUAGAAUCAAAUGGAUCAAAGAAAAAUAAUUCAAUGGCAAUUAAUAAUAACUCAGAUACCACUGGAGUUUCUUGUGAGAAUGAGUCAACUAAUCCAUCCGGGCAUGCUAGCGAUAGUUCAAUGGUUAAAUCCAAACAGAAGGAGAAUGAAAUUUCCAGCGAGCUGGGGUUGCCUAAUGGUGAUUUAUUUGAAACACUGUUUGAUGUGCCCCUUGUGGAAGAAAAGCACUCUGCAGGCUUAUCCUCGAGCAUUUCCUGUGUAUCUCAGAAGGCACAAAUCGGCGCUGGAGCACAAUCUAGCCAAAGUAGUCUCGUCGAAACUUUAUCUCUUGGGAACGAAGAGCUUAACGAGUCUGCCUCUACCUCUUCAGGUACUGCUGAUAUUUAUAACAUAAGCCAGAGGAUGGAUCAAGGUACUUCGGAGUGGCAGUUGAAAGGGAAGAGGAAUGCUAGGUCAAGAAAAGUGGACGUGAAUGAUGGAUCUUCGACAUGUGUAGUUGGUCGGAAUGUUGAUUUUAACUGUGUUAGUGGGUCCCUCCCAUCUGACGUCUGUGGUUAUCGUUUAAAAUCGAGACCGAUUGCGGAAAUCCAGGUUGAUGAGUUCCCUGGUUGGAGCAGGAAUAUUCCUCACACAGCACCUGAUCUGCCGGUUCCUCAGAGGGUACUACCAUAUCGACACUCUCGUUUUACAGUUAACCCGAAGUACGACUCAUCAGAUUUUUCUCUUAGACACCACAAUGUGGGUUCUGUCUUGUAUGAUGUUACUUUGGAGGUUAAUGCUAGCUAUCGUCCUCAGCAUGUCCCAUAUAUCUCUCUCAUGAGCAAGUUAAAUGGUCGACCCAUCAUCGGCCAUCCACUUGCAACUGAGGUUUUAGAUGAUGGCUUUUGUGAUAAUCUGAUUAGUGGAUCUGAGUGCUAUAGCAGCAGUUCAGAGUUAGAUGGUGACGGUGAUCAGGGUACAAUAAGAUCAAGUUCAGGUGGGAGGAUGUCCAAGCAUUCGCGCAAUUCACCAAAAAUGCAAAAAACAAGGAAGAAUGGAUUCUUGUCGAAGAAGAUUAGGAUGUUGUCUUCGCUAACUGGUUCCCAAAAACGAAGUGAAGUAGAGAAGAAACUGGUGGUUGAAAAACUUCGUGGCCCGGCUGUAGCUUGUGUUCCCUUAAACGUAGUGUUCAGUAGGAUCAAUGCAGCCUUGGGACCAGCUCCCCGUCUUACUUCAACGAGCAACAUAUGAAGUUCGUUUUCAGGAUUGAAGAUUUAUGCACUUGUGGGAAAUUAUCUUCUGUAGUUUUAAUUUAUGUAGGCAGCCGGUUUUUCCAGCAUUUUUCUUUGGAGUUAUGCUCAGUUUGCCAGCACUAUAAAUUCCGACUGAAGUUAGAAAUCUUCUGUACAAUAAUCAUGCUGUGAUAUUUCAAUGACGUGAUAGAAUUUUAAGAUUGCUUGGAAAGUAGUCUGCUUUGGUGGUGUA